AGAGCGGCAUUGUGCAGCCUUUGGCCCGCACCGCGCAUGCGCCCUCCCGCCUUCCCCCGCCUGGCGGCCCCGGAGCCGCCGCCGCUGCCGCCGCCGCCGCCGCAUCCCCCCCCCCUCCCCUCCCUCCCUCCUCCCCUUCCCACCCCCCCUCCCUCCGCGGCCGCGCCCCCGCCUCUGCGCCCAGGAGGAGGAGGAGGAGGCGGCGGCGGCCCCCGGCCCCCAGCCCCCGGCUCCUUCCCCAGCCCCCGAGCAGAGUGAAAAAUGCUGUCCAAGAAGUAAUAAAAGGCCACGAGUUGGACUCUUGGUCUUGCACGUUAAUAGACCUGAAGGCAGAAAAUACUGCUGUGUUGCUGAAAAGACGUACAUAUCUAUACGACAGAUUACAGAUAAGUUUUUCAUGCUGUUUUCUGGAGAUCUGCAGUUAGGCUGACCUCAUUCUUUUAGCUGCUGACGAUCUUUCUUUGACAGCUAUUGAGAAUAUUUUGUUUUUCUUCCAGGUUUUCAUUACCGGUGCGGUUCUGCCCUCUGUGGCAAGGGCUGCCUUUUGAAGCAGCACAUUCAUUCUCCCCUUCAAGCACCAUAAGUCUCGUUUGCCAGCUUCAGAACCAUGGCAACAGAAGAAAAGAAGCCAGAUGCAGAAUCCACCAAAACACAAUCUACUCCUUCCUCCUCAACCAAUCAGAGCAAGCCCGCGCCAGUAAAACCAAAUUAUGCUCUAAAGUUCACAUUAGCAGGACACACAAAGGCAGUCUCGUCGGUGAAGUUUAGUCCUAACGGAGAGUGGCUAGCCAGUUCCUCUGCUGACAAGCUCAUUAAAAUUUGGGGAGCGUAUGACGGCAAGUUUGAAAAAACAAUAUCUGGUCAUAAACUGGGUAUCUCUGAUGUUGCUUGGUCAUCAGAUUCCAACCUUCUUGUCUCUGCCUCUGAUGAUAAAACUCUCAAAAUAUGGGAUGUAAGCUCGGGUAAGUGCUUAAAGACGCUGAAGGGGCACAGUAACUACGUUUUCUGCUGCAACUUCAACCCUCAGUCAAACCUCAUCGUUUCUGGAUCAUUUGAUGAAAGCGUGAGGAUAUGGGAUGUGAAAACAGGGAAGUGCCUCAAGACAUUGCCUGCUCAUUCUGACCCAGUUUCAGCUGUGCAUUUUAAUCGUGAUGGAUCCCUGAUAGUGUCAAGUAGCUAUGACGGACUCUGUCGAAUCUGGGAUACGGCAUCAGGACAGUGCUUGAAAACACUGAUUGAUGAUGAUAACCCUCCAGUGUCUUUUGUGAAAUUCUCCCCAAAUGGCAAAUACAUACUAGCUGCAACUUUGGACAACACUCUUAAACUUUGGGACUACAGCAAAGGAAAGUGCCUGAAGACGUACACAGGACACAAAAAUGAAAAGUACUGCAUAUUUGCAAAUUUCUCCGUUACCGGCGGAAAGUGGAUUGUGUCCGGUUCAGAAGACAACCUGGUUUAUAUUUGGAACCUUCAGACAAAAGAGAUUGUACAGAAAUUACAAGGGCACACAGAUGUUGUAAUCUCAACAGCUUGUCACCCAACAGAAAACAUCAUUGCAUCAGCAGCACUAGAAAACGACAAAACAAUUAAACUGUGGAAGAGUGACUGUUAAACGUUCCAGUAUCACUUUAGAGACUGUCAGGAAAAAUUGUUUUUAAAAAAAUAUUAAAAAACCACAUGAGAAUAAUAAAUCCAGUUUGGCAGGAAACCUGAAGAAUAUUUGAUAAAGUGGUUUCUGUUAGUCUUGGCCCAAAGAAAACGUCUUAGCUCUUUGCUAGAACCGGGCAACGUGGUGGAAAAAAAAAAGAUGCAGUGUCUCCUUUUCUUGCCUAAUCUUUUGGCAGACAAAUGGAUCACUCUGACAUCGUUAGAAGUGUCAGCUUGUAUUGGACACCCCAAAGAUGCUUUACUUUCUGGUGGCAUUACUUCCAGGCGCUGUUGCUGCUUAAGGAAGAGCUGCCAGUCUGCUUUCUAACAGUAAGUUAAGUCACGAGCCUAGAGAUGCGUGGAUUUUUUUUAAAUGUCUGACUUUUUUUAUUUUUUCAGAAUGUAGAUUCUAGUCUUGAAAGUUUCUGUAUUGUUUUAACUAGGAGUACUGCAUCUUUAAAGGUGCUUCAUUUUAAACACUCAGCUCAAACUUUGUGACCAAAUGAAACCAUGCAGUUCCAGAUUUCCCCCUCCCCUUCCUGCCCCACUGACUUUGACUGCUGUGGUGAAGAUCUCCUCUUACCUUCUGUAUAGUUGCUUACCUCUUGUUAAGUGUGUUUCAUAGAUGCUGUUCUAGAGCAGUUACAAAUCUUCUGUUAAUCAUUAAAAUUAAUUCUGCUUGUAGCUAUUCUGAGCAUAUUUUUUUUCUUCUUCUGGAUAAAAGCGAGCUCACGGAACACUGUAAAGUUAUUUCAAUGUAAAAAGAAACCCAGACUUUUGUAUUUUGAAAAUCCAUCGUAUGAAGCUGUAUUGAUAAUGGCAUGACUCUGUAUCUAUUUCAGCAUUGGUAUUUCUUUCCCCUUUUGUCAUACCCAUGUGGUAUUUACACAUCCAAACAAAUUCCAUAUGCCAUAAUAAAAAGGUGGGAUUUUAUGUGUA